AUGAUUAACUCCGUCUUGACGAAUGAUGAAGUGCUAUUUAAGACUAGAGAUCCUUUAAACAAUGCCAGAGCCAUAGGAGUCAAGUAUGGGUAUGGUGAUUCUGGGUCUAAUUUCCACGAUAAGGGAUUAGCAAUUUUACGUAAGGAUACGGUGACGGGUGAAAUUUCGUUCAAUCCCAUUAAUUAUGCACAUAAGCUUACACUGAAGGUGUUUCGAUACAUUCGUAUCAAGAUUCUUAGUGAGAUCGAUGGAGACUUCAUGCUUACUGGACAGUCUUUGUUUGAAAACGAUUUCAGUAGCAGCAAAGAUCAAAUUAUCAACGACAUCGAAAAAGCCCGAUUUUUUCUCUUUGAGGAAGAUUUGUUCUACCAGUUGACACGAGAAGCAAAGACGUUGAUCAACUACAAUGUUUCAAUUAUCUCUAACAAGAUCAUUAUAGAGAUCAACAAUGAAAUAAUCGAGAUUGAGUCUGUAGUUUAUGAUGAGAACAACGAUGACGAGUUGAAUAACUACUACCAGAACAUCAACGCUUACUCUUCUAUCAAUAAUGGCAAGUGUCAAUUGAUACUAAAGUUUUUCAAGAUCAUGUUGUGCUGUUACUAUAAAUACAACUUGAAGUUGAAGCAAAAGAUUCCCACGUCGUUGACGAAGUGGAAACAGCUGAAUUCACAUCCAUUGGUACUACGUCCACUUCUCGGCAAUAUCAGACACGAGUUGAACUUGAAAAACAUGCAGAGCAUUAUCGACCGAUUGAUAGCCAAGUUCAAGGAAAGUCUAGAGUGUAAAUUGCAGGUAGACAAGUUUGCCAAUUUGGAACACAGAUCAGAAAACCCGUUCCAGAAAUCGAUCGAAAGACCAGUAUCGAAGUUUAAUAUCGUGUUGAAGAGUAAACGUAGCGCCUACUUGAAGAUUGACUUGGAGUUGACCACCAACGAAAUCUUUGUGAAUCUCAUCAUCAACAUGAACGUCAUCAAGUUCAAGUGCGAAGAUGAUUUUAAGAACAACUUUAAUGGAGUUAAUGUGCUACAGAUCAACUUCAACGAUUUCCAUGAGAUUGAGGAAUGCUUGGAUUGGACUUUGUUGAACUUUGUCAAUGGAUAA